CGAUGACCUUGAUCGAUCGACCUUUCGCGAGAUCACGUGUUGCCAGGCAGAUCACCUGACAUGCCUGACAUAAACGCGAUCAAGAAAAACAACAUUUUGAACAAGUUAACCACCAUGAAUUUGCAAGAUAUUUCUUUGAACUGUUGUCGAAUUGUUGCGGUGUUAUUCAUAUGGAUAUCAAAUUCAUAUGCUGCACAGUCUAAGCCAAACAUUGUUCUUCUCUACACCGAUGACUUGGGCUUUGGUGAUCUGCAGGCUUACGGACACCCGACAAGCUCAACGCCCAACCUCAACCGUCUUGCAGCCGAAGGUCUCCGCUUCACUCAGUUUUAUUCCUCAGCUCCCGUAUGCAGUCCAUCGAGGGCUGCCAUUUUGACGGGAAGAUACCAUGUUCGUACAGGAGUCUAUCCAGGAGUGUUUGACCCUGCAUCUUCUGGAGGGCUCCCUCACAAUGAGACAACAUUAGCCGAGAUACUCCGCCCCCUUGGAUACCGGACGAGUAUCAUCGGCAAGUGGCAUCUAGGUGUUGGGAAGGAUGGUGAAUAUCUUCCUACAUCUCAAGGAUUUGAUCACUAUUAUGGCAUUCCAUACUCCCAAGAUUUUUGCCCAUGCUUAGUCUGCUUUUAUCCCAAAGACCCUUGUUUUGAUGACUGUCGCACCAAUGAAAGCCCGUGCCCUAUCUUCAAUGACACUGUCAUCGUUGAACAACCCGCAAAUCUCACCACCAUCGAGGCACGCUACACGAACCUUGCAAAGAAAUACAUCUCUGACAACGCAGCGGCAGACCAGCCAUUUUUCCUCUAUUAUGCCUACCACCAUACCCACCACCCACAGUUUGCAGGAGAGCAGUUCCGCAAUACGACGAUCAGGGGCACAUUCGGUGACUCACUGGCAGAGUUGGAUUGGAGUGUUGGUGAGGUGUUGAAUCAGCUAGAUAGCAGUGGAAUAGCAGACAACACGUUUAUAUUCUUCACUUCUGAUAAUGGCCCAAGCCUUACUCGAGAAGUAAGAGGUGGAAAUGCAGGGCUCCUCAAGUGUGGCAAAGGUACCACCUAUGAGGGCGGUGUUCGUGUACCGGGUAUCGCACGCUGGCCCGGUCGCAUUAAUCCAGGUCGCACGAUUGAACUGGCUUCUCAGAUUGACCUCCUACCGACGAUUGCGAAUAUAACAGGAGCUACACUACCUGAGGUGCUGUUAGAUGGAGUAGACAUGAGCCCAAUAUUAUUUGAAGGAAAGAAGAGUUUGAGAGAAGACUACAUCUACUACCCUGUAAAUGCCAACCCCAAGAUCGGCAUCUAUGCGGUGAGAUGGCACCAGUACAAAGCACAUUAUUACACCCAGGGUGCCGGUACCAGCGGUUCCUUCAACCAUGACAAGGAUUGUCGGCCCACGGCCAAUCGGACUUCCCAUAAUCCUCCACUACUUUAUGAUCUUCACCAGGAUGCGUCAGAGCUUUAUGAUCUCAGGAACAGUACUAACUAUCCAGAAGUGAUUGCUGAGAUUGAACAGGUCAAGGCAAAAUUUGAAGCUACCAUGUUCUGGCCCAAAUCAGAGGUACGCAAACCGGAUAACAAGAACUUGGAACCCUGCUGUGACCUAGGAUGCACUCCCUUCCCAGAAUGCUGUCAGUGUCAUUCGGACAGUGACCGAGCAGCUAGUGACCAUGAUGGUCAUUUACAUUGGACUAAAGAGAUGUUAGAUGAGAGCUGGAGGUCAAGGCCAAUUGUACAGGUCCAGGAACAAGAACAUCUAAAUGGUCAUCGGUAACAGUGGUAGAGGAUGAUUUUUUAACACUUGAACAAUAUGAAAGACGAUUUCAUAAAGUUUGUUUUGUUAAUCAAAUUCUCAUGGUUUAGAGGGGUAAAAAAAAUUAUGAAAUAUUGAGAAGUAAAUGUGUUCCUUUUAUUGAAAGUGCUCCUUUUGUCAUUCAGAACUCAAAUUUUAGGGGUCAUGGUUUCAUGUCACUUAAUUUCAUUUUCAACAAAAUAUAGAUUAAGUAAAUACACUCAUCAUGACAAGUGAACAACAUACCAAGGUCAUUAGAUUCACUAUAUCGGUUGAAUGGGAGAAUACCCCCUUUCCUCAUACCCAAUCCAUAAUAUAUAUAACCUUCAUGGAAAGCCACACAAUUAAUGUUUAAUGGUUUAGAGGGGUAAAAAAAAUUAUGAAAUAUUGAGAAGUAAAUGUGUUCCUUUUAUUGAAAGUGCUCCUUUUGUCAUUCAGAACUCAAAUUUUAGGGGUCAUGGUUUCAUGUCACUUAAUUUCAUUUUCAACAAAAUAUAGAUUAAGUAAAUACACUCAUCAUGACAAGUGAACAACAUACCAAGGUCAUUAGAUUCACUAUAUCGGUUGAAUGGGAGAAUACCCCCUUUCCUCAUACCCAAUCCAUAAUAUAUAUAACCUUCAUGGAAAGCCACACAAUUAAUGUUGUAUUAACUCAUAAUUAGAUGUUACUUUGUAAUGAUGUUUUUAUUUUAUUUGCGAAAUAAAGAUUGAAUUGAAUCAUGAUGACUGAAAGGUACUAAUCAAGAUGGCAACAUGACUUCAUGAACCAGUAAAUGUAGCUAAACUCUUGGUUUUCUCUGUUUCUAUUGAUUUUUAAAUGUUCACUAUGAAAUUGCCAAUACACUGUACUUUAUUGUAACUUAGUCAGGGAAAGUUAGAUCAGACCCACUCACACUAGUUGGGCGAGGUUAGUAUUAAUAUACUUACCUCGCAUAUUUGGCAGUGGAUUUCUAACUAGUGGGUCUUGCGUGCUGCGACGCCACUUCUGGCAUCCACAACACACGACUUCUAUAGCUUGAUUUUUCUGUGCGCGGCGUCAUGUAAUGAACCCUUGAGUGGAUCAGACCGACAUAUCACUGACUGAACAAAUGAAAUGAUUCUUGUAUUUCUCAAAGUUUUUUUCAAUGUUUAUUAGCUGAAAUACUGAAUUGAAUAUUGUUUAUUUUUUUGAAGGAUUCAUCCAUUUUAUUCAUUAUUAUUUUUUUGGGGGGUGGGUACAUUUCCUUAAAGUUGAUAUUCCAACCCUCUAUUUGCUUAAGUGAUUUCUCUGUUUUAUGUUCAUCUCAUAACUUAAAAAAUGCCUUGACUUUAGUUUUAUCAGCCAGUUUCAGGGCUUGAUGCAUUCAAAGAAUGUCCUUCAAUAUAUAUUCUCUUUAUCAUUGUAAUUUGUUAAGUUUACUUGGUCACUUGAAAUUAAAUUCUUAUCAAAAGUUUGAAGUUUUAACACAGGUGAUGUAUAUAAAAUGUUAUUGUAUACGCAGGAUAUAAGUCAAUAGCUCAGAUAAUAUGUAUUGCAAUCAACAGAAUUCAUUAGAAAUAUAUAAAACAUUACCUCUGUCCCCAUUUCAUGCACGCCCAAUGAAACAGCCAAGUGCCAUCUAGCUCAGUGCUACACAAUACCAAUAUGAGAAAGGGUCAUUCUGCUCUCCAUUGUUGCACCUUUCAUUCAUGUAGUAAUACGAAACAUGGCAUGCAGCAGUGCCACUCAACAGACCUUUUAAUUCUUCUACCUAUUUCAAAUCUGAUGAUUGCAAUUCAAAAGUGGGACCUGUGAUGCCAACAGUAGGCUAUAGACCAUUUUGUAGUUACUUCAUGGGCAAAUUUGGUAAAAUGACCUUUCAUUUCUUUCAUUGUGAUAGGCAGAUUUCAAAGCAAGGUAUUAUGUAAGCAUGCCUUACAUAGCAGGAUGAAGAGAUUGAAUAGACCAGGGGAGCGUUUCAUGAAAGGACUUGUCAGACGUUUUAUCCGACAGUUACCAUAGUAACAUUGCUUAUCAGCCAAUCAAAAUCAAGGAAAGAUGUCAGAUCUGACAACAUGUCGGACGAAAAUGUUGAUGAAACGCUCCCCAGGUGACUAGAAUAGCACACCAAUGAACUCUAUGAAGGUAUUUGUUCCCUUUUUACUUUGAAUGCAUAUUACAGGGGCCGCGGAACCGGGGGGGCUGGGGGGGCUUCAGCCCCCCCCACUUUUUUCCAAAACCGUGUACAAAAACGUAAAAUUGACCAUAUAAUUGUGAUUUUUAGCAUGGUCAGCCCCCCCACUUUUGGCUCAGCCCCCCCACUUUGAAAACCGUUCCACGGCCCCUGUAUUAGAGGAUGUUGUACAAUGUACUUGGCAAACUGUGAAAUAUACCAGUCAUUCGUGGACGCAUUGUUUUUUGUGGAUGUGAAUGAAAAACACAAUUCAAAAGAAUAUAUGAAUAAUCAAGACAUCAAAGUUGGUGCUUAUCUCAUUAAAUUUUAGCAUGUUGUUAUGACAAUGUACUUGGCUAACUGUGAAAUACCAGUCGCUAGUGGACAUAUUGUUUUUUGUGGAUCUAAUAAAAUACACAAUUCAAAAGAAUAUAUGAAUAAUCAAGACAUUGGUGCUUAUCUCAUUAAAUACCAAACCACCAUGUCACUUUACUACCAAUGACCUUCUGAUCAUGUGCAGCAUGGAACUACGAAAUGGCUUAGAGCUUAUAACAGUAUUUUUGCUUGCCAUUUAAAAUAUGAUUACUGAGACAGGCCAGCUAAUGAUGCUGAGGAAAUCCAUUGGUGUUUCUUUAGGGAGAUGCAGAAACAUUUCAGGGGUGGCACAAUAGUAGGUGUGGGGUCGCUGCAUCCCCCCCCCCCCUCCAAAAUAGAUAAAGAUAAACAUGGAAGAAAAGAGAAUAUAUGGCUUGGUCUUGUAUUAUGUAAUAACAUGUUUUAUAUUUUGAAAAAUUAAUCAGUCGGUUGGGACCAAUACCAUAGUGUCACUCCUGAUAAAGAAUCUUAAUAGUUAUGAAUUGUUUAACUAUGUUAGUUUGUAUGAUGUAAUUACAUAUUAUGACUUAUCAACGGUGAGAGGAAAAUAAAGAUAUUUAUUUUUAUUACAUUUCAGAA